UGGGGGUGAGAUAGGGGAGUCACUGAAAACAGGUGGAAUGAGAUGAGUAGAAACCUAGAAAAAUAAGGUGAGGAAGGACUAUCAUAGAGGUCCUUCUGGCAUGGGAGGUAGAGGUAGCUCAAGGUUGAUUUUGAUGCAUGAGUCACUGGGCAGGAGUUUAAGAGGCUUCCAUUGUGACAUGGGAGACAGAAGCUGGGAUAGGCUAUGAUGAUGCUGUGACAGAAUAAAGACCUGGUUGCUAGGGCCAGAGAUUAAACACCAGAAGGCUGGUGGAGGAGAUGGAGCCACAGCUCCUGGUCCUCUUUCCCACCCUCCUUCACCCCAGGCUGUCUGAGAUGUCAUCUUCCACCUAAAUAUCAUCUCGCCAGUUCCCAGUCUUCACUCUGGUCUCUAGCUUCUGCUUGGUUCCACAUUCUCUACACACUUCCACAGGGGACCUACACCUUCCCUUCCUGGGAUCUCUUAAGGUUUUCUGCUUUCCUCUUGCCCUGAUUGCCAGCCCUGCUGAUUCAGCUGAGAUGGAAGCACCCACCCUGCCUGAAACCUUUAGGCUUCCUCCUGAUCUUCAUCAAGAGUCUUGGGACCCUAGGAUGAUCAUCGCCUUAUUUGAAAUUGGAUCAAUAUCCCUUUUCUUCUGGAGUUCUCUCCUUUCUCUAAAGAAGAAUAGCAAUCAAAUUUCUGAACAACUGACUGCACAGAAGUUUGAAAAGGUCUUAAACAAAAUUGAAGGUAUCCUUAAAAAUAUUACGGGUUUUGAAAAGACCACAGAUGCAAAAGUAUCUUUUGAGGACACCACUGUUUCUGAUGAUGCCUCAGAACUUAAAGAAAAAAUCAGAAAACUUGACCAAAUAAAUAAAACACUAUUUAAAAAUCUGCUUACUAGUUUAGACCCAGAGAAAUUCCAGAGUGCAAAGAAACAGGAAAAGAUAUUGGAAAACCAAAACUCCGAGGACACGGUACAUUUUGCAAGGGAUCUGGUAAAUCAUUCAGAAGAAAAAAGAGCCCUUAAUGAAACUCAACCAAGUAAAGAGAAAGCAAAAUAUGGAUUACUUCAUGAUCAAGAAGAAAAUAUCAAACUUAGGAACAACAUGGAGCAGUUACUACAGAAAGCAGAACACUGGAGCAAACAACAUACUGAGCUCAGUGGACUAAUAAAAUCGUAUCAGAAAUCUCAGCAUGACAUAAGAGAACUUCUUGAAAAUAAUGGAGUCCAUUUCCAAAUCCAACCAAAUAACAAGAUGUCAGCUAAUUAUGAGAUGGAGGAACAAGUGAGGAAAUUGCAACAUGACACUUACUCAUUGCAUUUGACUGCAGCUUUAUUGGAGAAUGAGUGCCAAAUCUUACAACAGAGAGUAGGGAUUCUCAACCAACUCCAUUAUGAGAAAGAGAGAGCUCAGACAGACAACGAACAGGGCAAGAAAGACAAGAAGCCAUCAGAAGCAGAAAAAGUAGGAACUCAUAAGCAGAGAAUGAAACAAAUGGAGGGUACACUUCAGAAAAGAGACAACUUUUAUAUAAGGCUGGAUGUUUGUCGUAAUAAGAAAGCUCACAAUAACUGGUUCAAUUCUCGUAUUGCUAGAAGAGGCCUUGUGGGAAAAAAGAGGUCAGCCAGCAGACCAAGAUAGAAAAUACCAAAAGUAAAAGAAGAGGCAAUUCUUCAAAAAGUUGUAUACAUCCAACUCCAGGCACGAGCAAUCAUCAAACCUAGGUUAGAUUUCUUGGAUUAACCAAGAAAGAAUUAUAGAACAGGAAGACUAACACACUAUUCAUUACUUCAGUAAUUAUGUAAGUUUGGUCUUUAAUGAUCAUUAGUGCCAACAUUAAGUUCAUAAUUUGCCACCUUUACAAUCUGCUUGGCUUUUAUAGUUAAUAGAGAUCUUAUAAUGCUUUAAUCAGGAUUAGAAUUUAUCAGGUCAAAUUAAGUAAAGAUUUAAAUAAAAAUCGGGAUGAGCCAAAGA